UCCAACCAGUCAGUCCCCCGGAGGUACCUUGAGUGAGUGGGUGCGUUGAGCGGUGUGCUGUGAAAAAUAGCUUGGUAAAUUUGUUCUUUAGGUCUGAUCUGGUUGAAUUUUACGUGUAACGUUAGAAAACAAGAUCAGUGAAUCCUUGUAAGAAUGAGCAAACGGUGCGCCCGGUGUGAGAAGGCGGUGUACCCGCUGGAAGAACUGAAAUGCCUCGACAAGAUCUGGCACAAAGGAUGCUUCAAGUGCCAGGAGUGCGGCAUGACCCUCAGCAUGAAGACCUACAAGGGAUUCAACAAGCUGCCGUACUGCGAGGCGCACAUCCCGAAGGCCAAGGCGACCACGGUGGCUGAGACUCCCGAGAUGCGACGCCUUGCCGAAAACACCAAGAUCCAGUCUAAUGUGCAGUACCAUGCUGACUUUGAGAAAAAUAAGGCCAAGUUCACACAGGUUGCAGAUGAUCCUGAGACACAACGACUUAAGAAGAAUACUCAAAUCAUCAGCAAUGUGGUGUAUCAUGGUGAGAUGGCAAAGAAGUCUGAAAUGGAACGUAAACGUGCUGAGCCUAAUGAAGAGGAUGAAGAGCGGUCUUCCUGGCAUGACACAGUUGGUGGAGGCAACACCACAGCCACUGCAUCUGUCCACCAAUCCAAAGCUUCUCACUUGCAGCAUGAUACUGAUGAUGAUCAUGCCUAUGAUUAUGACCAGGAUAUAUCUGAACCUUCCUCAAAUAUGCACCAUUCCCAGCACCAACGGUCCUAUCACCAUCAGUAUUCUCCCAAUUCCUCUGCCUAUUCUAACAAACAUUCAAGAGCCCGCAGCAUUUCACCCCAUUACAGUGACCGUUACACUGAUCCCCACGUGUAUGGCUCGUCACCUUCUUCUGAUCCCCACACCUAUCGCACACCACCUUCUACUGAUCCCCACACUUAUGGAUCAUCACCCUCAGCUGAUCCUCACAUUUACCGCAGAUCAUCCUCUCCCUCCCAAGCUCUGAUUUCCGGUGCUUAUUACCCUCCAGAAUAUAUUGAGGAUGACAGAUAUUAUCCUGAAACUAACUCACCGGGUGGAUAUGUUGAUCCUAAUAACCGUUAUUCAGCACAGCCCACUGUAGGGCCAACUGGGUCCCCUCACACCACUAACAGAUAUUACUCAACUAACAACUACUAUGCAACUGGGCCUCCCCCACCUCGUGAGGAUGACAUGCGACAAGAGCAGCUCCACCUCCAAAUGCAGCAGCAGCAACAGCAACAGCAACAGCACCAACAACAGCAUCAGCAACAACAAAAACAACAACAGCUUCAAAAACACCAUCAGCAGCUCCCACAACAACAUCAGCAACAAUAUACUUCCCCUCACCAACAACAAUACAGUGGACCUCCCCCAUCCUCUCAACACCGCCACCCUUCUCAACCUUCCUCCACAUCCUUCCUUCAUCACCAACAGCCCUACCAGCAGCAUCCACAUAAACAGCAGCUUCCUCCCACUUCCUCCUAUCAUCACCACCCUGCUCCUCAGAACAUGUAUCAUGAUGCAAACCACAACUCUCCCUACUCGUCCCGCACCUCCCAGACCCUCAUCUACUCCAGUCAGACUGGCCCAGUGCAUCAACAACCCACUCGCCGUGUGGGCAGUAUAGCAGACUAUGACCCUGUAAAUGAGCAGUAUGGAUCCAUUACUCAACAUAAUGCCAACCCAGCUGGUGGAGGCUACAGACAAGAGACUACAUACCAGGUGCAACGGACUAACUUGUAUGGAGACCAGAACAUGGGUCAGCAGCCUCCACCGUCCCAGAUGAAUUCCAACGCCACUCAUCACAAAGUCACAGCACCACCCACGCAGCUCGGGCGCUGUUACCGAGCCAUGUAUGACUAUGAAGCAGCAGACACUGAUGAAGUGAGCUUCAAGGAUGGAGAUCUCAUCAUCAACUGCACUGCCAUUGAUGAAGGCUGGAUGACUGGUACUAUUCAGAGGACUGGUGUCACUGGAAUGCUGCCUGCUAACUAUGUUGAACGUGUGAGCUGAAUCCAUCUUAUGCAGAAAAAUGAAUGAGAUGGGGCCUUCCUGAGCUUUAAGGCAGCAAUCCCCAUAUGACCAAAAGAUUAUAAAUCAUUCUUUUCAUUUGUUUGCCAAAAUCUUCUUUGCAGUGUUUCUUAUUUAAUGAUAAUUUCAUGUAUAAUCUUCAGCAAUAAGCUAUUUAUUGAACAAACUAAAGAACAGCAGGGUAAUGUAUCUUAUCAAUUUCAUGACAAAUUUGGAAUUUUAUAUAUAUAUAUAUAUAUAUAUAUAUAUAUAUAUAUAUAUAUAUAUAUAUAUAUAUAUAUAUAUAUAUAUAUAUAUAUUGUCAAUGAGACUCGCCCACCCAGUACACUUAUGAAUUUUUUUUCCAUUCUUUCAGAAAUGGAAGCAAAUAUUAUUCUAAGUUGUAAAUACCAAAUUUCAUAGAUAUCAUUUACAUGUAUACACAAAAUAUAACACUUUAAUGUCCAUAAUAUUACAGUUCUUUAACUAUCAUAACUACCAUUUCUUGCCUUGAUCUUCAUUACACUGGAUUUAGGUUUUGCAUCUGCAUGUUGCUUAGGAAUAUCACGAAACCCGUAAAGCAUUACUUCUAUCUUCCUGUCUGUGUUCAUACAUGUAUUAUGUCUACCACUUAUGAUUUCAUUUCCUUUUUAUUAUGUAAUCAAGGAAUAUAACCUAUUUUCAUUUUGCAUGUCUCUCCUGAAAGGCUUUUAUAUUUUUUGAGUUGAUUUUACUCACAUAAUAGCUAAUAAUAUUAAUAUAAGUUGAGGAAGCCAAGAUUGGCUAGGAAUCAGAACUGUUUGUGAUGUGGAACAUAAACCAAACAUGGGAAUAGAUGGUGUAAGUAUAAGUCCUGAAGCUAAGGUUGGGGCAACAGCCAUGUUUCUGUAUUCAUUUUGUACAUAUAUCAUUUGUGUUGUAGAGCCCCAUAAGUUCCUUCAUGAUAAGUGUUUAAUAUGUAUAAAGUCAUAUUAAAUGAUAGUUAUAUGCUUUAAAAACAGUAUCUGAAUAAAAUAAAGGUUGCUCUUUGGAAUAAAGGCAGGUUCUGAGAUUAUGAUACUAAUAAUCUGUGAAAUAAAUGUUGUAAUUGUUAUCCACAAAAAAAAUUCAAUUGAAGACACAAUUUUUAUGGACUAAUCAUCUGGUUGUAGACAUACCAUAAAAAUUUAAGAGAAACAUUUUUAAAUGGGAAAGAUUUUCAUGAUGAUUAACAGAAAGUAAUCCUAAUUGUAAUUGUUAUAGGAAGUAUUGGGAAAUUUUAUGUAAAACUGAUAUCAUGGAGAAUAACAAGAUCUUGAUUGAGAGGUAUUACUUACAAAAGUAAGUUUUUAAAAACUUUUUUUUUUAUUAUUUUUUUAUUUUUUUUAUUUUUAUUUUUAUUUUAUUUAUUUAUUUUUUUGCAAAAAUGCAUACAGUUUGGCAUGCCAAUUUAAUUCUAGUAUGAUUUCAGUUUCAAAGCAAUAAAAAUAAUGUAAAUUUCCCAGAUAUCAUAAAUGUUGGACUAUAUAGAUGCAAGUCCCUUGGCAAUACAUAUUUCAUUAGAUAGCAUACCUUGUACAGUAGUCUAUGGGUGAAUUAUAUUCAUAUAAAUCCUAAAAAUUUAUUGACACAUGUGCUUUGUUUCAGGAUGACAGGUCAAGAGUAAAUAUGAAGUUACUUCUUUCUUUUAAGUUACCAUUAAAAAUGCAAAAAAUA